GAGCAUGCGGAACUGGGUGAGCGUGCUGCAGAUGAGGAGCAAAACUCUGCAGACGAGGGGAAAAGUGCCGCUGCUGACGACGCGGGCGAAGACUCUACUGCGGAUGUAGGGGAAAAGCAAAACGACGCGUGCAGGAAUGCAAGAAUCGGUGAUGCUGACUCCUGUCAGCGCAGUAGCGAGGAGGAUUGCGCGGAAGAAAACUCUGGAAGUUCAGAGAAUGCAACAGCCUCUGGUUUGGGAGAAGCACAUGACGAGGAUUCGCAGUCACAACAACUGGACGAGCAUCGUUCCAGUAGAAACUGUUCUGAGGCUAGCGAUAUUGAAGAAAUAGUCGACGAUGAAAACAAGGCUGCGGAAAAUGAAGAGGAUUCAGUUGUUGACCACGAUGAAUCUGGUGACCAAGCGCACACUAAUAGUGAGACAAAUCUCCCUGCAGAGGAAGAGGAAAGCGAAGUUCCCACACAAGAUGAAGAAGAUCAUCUCCCUGCAGAGGAAGAUUUGACUUGUUCUUCGCCUGAACUGGCAGGAGAAACAGAGGAAGCAGCGUCACCACUAUCGCCUGCUCCUGCGCCCCCUCCUGCGACAACUACACAACGUACCACGUAUAUUAAGGGGGCUAGUAAAGGCUCUCGUUGUAACACGGCGUCAUCUUCUACGUCCGUAAAGCAUCCGUGUGUGGCAUCCUCAUUUACAGACUCUGCAACUACUGUGGUAGACAAAGCGGAAGAAAACUGCGUUCGCCCAGGAACCGGUGAACACCUCUUACUAGAAGAAGAAGUUAGCGCAGAAAAUGGUGGACACCUCCUAGGAGAAGAAGUUAGCGCAAGAACUGAUGAACAUCUUGUACUAGAAGAAGAUCAAGGCACUUGCACUUCAUGCACCCCUGUCCCCACUCUGAAGCAAGCUCAUACGGCAUUCAUGUUGCUUUUUGACAAGUUGACAACAGACUUUGGUGGAGAUGUCGAAGCACUACCGACUGAAGAAGAGCGUGGCGUUGUUACAGACGUCUUGGAACGCGUGAAUGAAUGGAAAAAAUCACAAAAACGAGUUACCGUGGACGCUGAAUGGUUGCAGGCAUUGAUUGACGCCGCUCCCGAAAAUGAAAAUGCUAGAGAACACCAGGAAGAAAAAGCUCAACCCGAACACGAUAACAGUUGUAGGAGCGGCAACAUAGUUCUUGAGCACAAGCAGGAACAUGUUGUGGAGAAAGAAGACCUAUCUUGCCAGUCAUCAGUGUCUACUAUUAAGGCUGAUGAUUCGUGAGUCCUUACUUUUGAGCAUGACCCAUCCAUGUGAGGAACAUGAUGUUGGUUCUGUAGUUGCGACCGUGCGUAGUCACCUAGCCGAGUUCUGGAGUCAAUCUAUCAUAGAAAUCUUUUCUACGAUCAAUUGGGAAGAUCUCGGAAUGCUAACUCGCAUCCUUAUUUUCUAAGAGUAUCUCUCGCAAAGACUGGGGGUUAGACCAGUCGUCGCCGUCGCUUCAAACCCCUUUACCGUUCCUCGACGAUGCGCCAACACAGGGAGAAUUCCGAUUGCGAACGUACAACGAGCAACACGAGACGCAAAAGCACUUUUCUCUGCAAAGUGUAGCGGCGACAUGCAAUGAAGUCGUGGGGUGUCCGUGGUGUCGCAGACCCCUCCUCAUCAUUCCAGAACAGCAAGCAGCCGCUGAGAAAAUGGCGACGCGCGAGUCAGCUUUAGUUGUAAGGCUAGAGGUAAACAGCGAACGUUCUUGGAAACUAGGAGUAGAUUGAACAAAAGUCUAAAUUGUCAGCGUUGAUUCGCGCGAGUUUUUACUUUCUGAAUUUGGUAUCCGUAUCUUGCGCUGCGCGCCCUGGCUGAACAUAGACAGAACUAAUCUCUUCAAAGAAAUACUGAACUAAAUCCGACGAAGACGAUGACCUUCUUGAAGAUAUUCAUAUUGAUAUUUUCUAAGUCAUCAAAAUCAAAUCCGCCCAUGCCUUCCAGUGAGCAUGAACGAAACCCCAGAAUUGUGGAACACGAGAACGUGGACUGGCAGAGGAUGGAUCGACAUUGCGAAACACUCAGCAGCGACCACCACAGAACUUCUUAACCUAAAUUUCGAAAAGCCAAUACCAAUGGGGCUGACGCGACAGCAUCAGCAACUGGACAUCGAAUAUAUAAUACUCUCGCGCUGCCAAGAAUACAACCCUGCUGUUGAUCUUAUGUUGAGUAUUACAGUCUUCGUUUACUUUCAGUCUUUUUUAUCCAGCGUAUGCGCCUGCGUCGCACAAUUACGAUUAAUUUGACAAGGAUUCAAUCACUUUUACUACGUACGGAUACGGAAGCCUUCGAUGAGUCAUUUUUACAGUCUUCUCUCCUCUAUCAACCUUAAACCUGUCAGUGGGGUUCUAAUUUCAGACAGGGGACCAGCGUGAUGAAAUUACCAGAACCUCCAGGAGCUGGGGAUAAGAGAAGCGUGCCGCGCAGUCGCUUCGCGCAUGUAGCUGUUCUAUUUAUGGGUUGCAGUAUUUUGUUCUGAAAAUGAUGAAGCAUCUUUGGCCCUUUCUUUCAUCUAGGAGGAAAGCAUGCGUGUUAAACAUGCGCGUCUAGAGCGAUAAAUAUAUGCUUAACAAAGUCCUCUAAUUUAGUCGGGGCAAAGUUCGAGUACGUGCUUGGCGCCAUGGUUUUGGGCGAAUCUCUUCGAGAGUCGAAGCAUGACGUGGUUUUGUUGCAUUCUGCCUGCGUGCCCAUGGAAAGUCGAGAGGUUCUACGCGGUUUCUACGACUACCUGAUCGAAGUCCCUUUGCUCGAUAUCAAUACCAACGUCGCUUCGACUCUGUUCAGAAACCCCGAUAGAACACGUUUCAAGGGCGUCUUCACCAAGCUGCAAGUGCUGGCGCUGGAAUGCUACGAGAAAGUCUUGUUUUUCGAUCUCGACACAGUGGUAAAUUAAGGCUUCCCGCCCUAAUCCAUCUGCAUAGACAUUGAUCCCGCAACAGAAACAGUAUGCGCCCCAAUUCUUGGUACAAGGGAAACGCCGUUCAGGCAUGAUAUCCUUGCGGGAUCCCUGCAGGGAUGAAUUAGGGGAAGCUCUAAGUAAAGAAUGUCAGCAAUGUGGACUUCUUGCUAGAGCGGGGCCACGCCCCAGCAGCACUGCAGAGGGGAGAACCUCGUCGGUACAAACGGUACCUGCGAGAGAUGAAAGCAAGGAAGCAAGCGACCAGAUCUUCUUCUAGUAUCAGGACUUCAGGCGUAGGAGAAGCGUCAAAGAACGUGAUGGAACAAGUCCCUUACCGGGCCUUUUGGUCCGAUUACGACCGUAAAGUGUGGCCCCCGAAUAAAAACAAAUGGGGUCAACCUGUCGGUCAAAGCUAUCGUGAGCGGUUGUGGGCGCAUCAACAGGCAAGCGGUAUCAAUUAUGGCCACCAGAACUUCUUAUUUCUACUAGGCAUCCUCCGUUGGCAUCUGCCUCAUAUGUGUCCGGUUAUCUCCCUCAGUCAUACUUGUUCAUUUAAAUGAAGAUGCUUCUAGUUACAUUUAAUGUAAUACAUUAGAGCAACAUCAAUGGGAAUGGGAACGCUCAACAAGAAGAACACCAUUUAGAGCAGCAUCAAUCGUGAAGACUAAAAAGACUACAAAUCCGUAGUAAGGAGAUCUUCUCUAACUUCUUGCUGGCGUUAUGUUGUUGAAACCUUCGCGCAAAGUCCUUGAGUUUAUCGAGUGGGAGUGUUGGGACAGCAUGCAUCCGGAGCAUUACGCUACGCAUAUGCCGGAGCAGGAAUAUCUGGGCAGAUUAUUCGCUGUGUUGUUAAGACCUUCUUAUUUCUUUGCGGUGUUUUUAUAGAGUACGUGAGUGCAGCAGGUAACAAUCAAGCAAUGAAUCAAGUAGAAAUUAUAUCUUUUUUCAUUGUCAUUCUUGAUGCCUUUUCUCUAAUGUCAGAUCUCGAGUAUUCUUGUUCGCACAUGAAUCCACCAUGCACUGCAGCAGCAACAGGAGAACAACAUCAGCAUUAUGGGUCAGUACAAUUCAUUUCGACAAGUCGUAGUUUCUUGCUGUUUCCUUCUCAGGAUUGCAAGAAAUGAAUUCUUGUUUUGAGCUCCUCUAACAACAAGCUGUCUUUGAGCAGAACCGGAUAUCUCCGUAUCGUCUGACAUUGGGGCAUCGACGGUCCACUAUAUCAGGAAUGGAACGUACUAAACCUCCACCACGUGUAUCAAACCCUGCAAAGUUACAGGCAUUUUCACCCUCUAGGGCUGCAGCAGCCAAAGAUUUGGAGCUUGUGCCACGACUCUCAUUUGUUGGCGGACGAGGAGAUACAGAUACCACAAUUUCUAGAAGUAGCCUAAAUUGCGUCGAACAAGCUCAAGUAGGGGCUACAACAUCUUCUUCAACAUCAAGUGCCUCCUUCGAGGGUUGGUAUCGCUUACCCCCUACGUUUAACUACGAAGUCGAUAAGGCCUACCGCAUACCCUUCG